GCAUCGGGCUGGACUCGUGUGUGAUCCCCCUGCGGCACGGGGGGCUGUCACUGGUGCAGACCACCGACUUCUUCUACCCCAUCAUCGAUGACCCCUACAUGAUGGGCCGCAUCGCCUGCGCCAACGUGCUGAGUGACCUGUACGCCAUGGGGGUCACCGAGUGUGACAACGUCCUGAUGCUGCUGAGUGUCAGCCAGCGCAUGACUGACGAGGAGCGGGACAAGGUGAUGCCCCUGAUCAUCCAGGGGUUCCGGGACGCGGCCGAGGACGGGGGGACGUCGGUGACGGGGGGACAGACGGUGCUGAACCCCUGGGUCAUCGUGGGGGGCGUGGCCACGGCCGUCUGCCAAUCCAGCGAGUUCAUCAUGCCGGACAGUGCCGUGCCCGGGGACGUGCUGGUGCUGACCAAACCCUUGGGGACACACAUGGCUGUCACCGCUCACCAGUGGCUGGACAUCCCCGAGCGCUGGAACAAGAUCAAGCUGGUGGUGACACGGGAGGAGGUGGAGCUGGCCUACCAGGAGGCCGUGGCCAGCAUGGCCACCCUCAACCGCACCGCGGCAGGUCUGAUGCGAUCAUUCGGAGCCCACGCAGCCACCGAUGUCACUGGUUUCGGGCUGGUUGGCCACGCCCGGGCUCUGGCGGCCCAGCAGCGCCUCGACGUCGCCUUCGUCAUCCACAACCUGCCCGUGCUGGCCAAGAUGGCGGCCGUGAGCAAGGCCUGUGGGGGCAGGGGGGGCCUCCUGCAGGGGACGGCCUCGGAGACAUCGGGGGGGCUGCUGGUGGUGCUGCCCCGCGCCCAGGCCGCCCGGUUCUGUGCCGAGCUGAAGGCGCCGCCGGGGCGGCCCGAGGGGCUGCAGGCCUGGAUCGUGGGCGUGGUGGAGAAGGGACCCCGGGGGGCUCGGCUCAUCGACAAGCCCCGCAUCAUCGAGGUGCCCCCGGGGAGCCGCCCCCCGCCCCGACAGCCCCGCCACGGCCACGCCCCCCACCCAGUGACGCCACCAGAGCUCCUUUUUAGGUGACCCCAAAAAACCCCAGCGUUUGGGCCAAAAAAACACCCCAAUGUCAGGUCAAACCCACCCCGAAAUCACAUCCAAUCCCCCCCAAAAUCAGGUCAAACCACCCCAAAAUCCACCCCACGGGGUCCCCCACAAGUCCCUCUUUAGGGUGCCCCAAAACACCCAGCAUUUUGGCCAAAAAAACACCCCCAUAUCAGGUCAAACCACCCCAAAAUC